UCAAGAUCCCCGAUUCACACUCCUCAACAGGCAAGCAACUGUGAGUAGGUACAAGAACAGAGUGCUCCUCAUAUUUUUCAACCUUUUGUUUGAUGAAAGCCAACAAAUAUAAUUUUUCCGAUUAUUUCCAUACCCCUCGAAACACUUCACAAAAAAGCACGGGAAUUUGUUUUGAGUGAGUUUGUUUCAGAAAAUCUAAAUUCCCCGUAUGAGUAAUGGCUACCACAGUGGGGAAGACUAGUCCACUAUGGUGAACACUUGGAUAUUUGCCGCAAAGUACGCCUGUAUGUCUUUCGCAAUCUCUCUGUCGCGCUGCGCAACCAGCCGCGGUUCCCAGUGCCAUUACGGGAACGCCGAUGACGACCCAUUGGGUGUCCAUGCGGUGCAAGCUCCCUGUUCUGCGGACCACCGAGGAAGGGAGCACGGAGCAAGCGCCCCGGCCUCAACAGUUUCUUGGCAGGCAUGACGCCACAGCGCAUGCAAAUGAGGGUACUAACUUACAAUAUUUUCCGCCUACUUUUGAAUGAAGAGCUAGGUACUCUAUCAGAAAAGGAAUUCUUGAUUCAGGUUGAUUUUUUUUGCAGCAGAUUCAAAACAGCAACGAAGAUUUCUGCUCAAGCAAGAUAUGAGAAUUAGCAUAAUCAACUUUGCACAGGUGACGCCGAUACCGCUAUGGCCGUCGCUUCCGGCGGAGCGGAAACAGUGGAGGUAGAUCUAGUUUGCGAAAAGAGCACGGAAGAAGUCGACGAUCAAGUGCUGUCGUCGUGUCGCCUUCGGGCCUACUGCCCUGAGACAGGACGUGACAUCAGUGAGCAUGCAUUAUGUGAUCGCCUGCGAAGCCGGCGGUUUUGCGCUGACAAGGACCACGAGGGAACACCAUGUGCGAUAUAUGACGUUCGCAUGCAGCAGAUGAGCCACUACGUGGACGGCACCUCGCCGGGUGGAUAUCUGUGUUUGCAGUUCUACCCGCAGCAACUUGUUCUAGGCAUGCCGCUUGCGCUGGCAGACGACGAGAUCACAGGAGAAGAAUGUUGCCAUGACGUCGCCUUGGAUAAUGAGGAAAAACCCGUUCCCGCCGAUGUUCUUCGGGAAAAACUGGACGGUAGCGUUAGCCACCACUCUGGCGCGAGUAGCUCUCUGUGUGACAACAGAAUCGCGGCCGGUGGGAAGGGCGGCUUUCUCGUCAUCCCCAUUCGUAACUACGACUUCAAAUUGGUUUUUCCGGGGGAGGGCGAGGUCGAUACUCGCGAUCUGGAUUUGCUGACCGGCGACUUGUGGAACGAUGAGAUGCUUAAAGCGCUUCUUGACGACCGGACGCUGCAGCUUCGUCCAGGACAUGCCCACGAGACCAAACACGGCGUGUUCGCGGGAGUCCGCAGAGCCGAGAAUUACGGAACUGGACUAGAGUAUCUGCAUUGUGAUCAGUACUUUAACACCGGCAGGCUGAAAGACGACCGCGCGGAAAAGUUUGUCACGGACCGACCGAUAAAAGUCUGGAUUUCUCAGCGAACCCUGGCGGCUGCAGAAGCAGAGGCUCCCUUCGACGACGAGGAACAGCAAGCGGAACUUCGCGCGCGUUUGCAAGCCGCGGAUAGGUUCUACCGAAUAGUGGAGCUCGGAUGGCCUAAAGUUUUCCGCGCAAUCAUUGAAACGGGUUUUUCGCCAGAUGAAGUUCUUGCGCUAAACAUGCUGAAGCCGGAAGAUGCUCAAAAUCUUCAGAGUGAUCGCGUCGGCUUUCAGGACGGCGUGCAGGAAAUCUUUUGAGGCAUUCAAAACUACGUGACUUUGUCGAACGCAAUGUGCUGCCACUCACAAAACAUCUAUUUUUUCCUAGACUCACAACACUCGAAUGCCGGUCACAUUUCGAUAUUUCGGCAAAGAGAUCGAGGCACUUUUUUUUCUACAAGGAGAUAAUCAAAAGUUGUUCGGAACUUCUUUUCCUGUUCACAAAAAUGGAGUAGAACUCACUACGUCUUAUGUAUCGGCAAGUACCUUUUUUAUUUUGCGUUUGCCUUUGAUUUAUCCCUUUGAUUUACAAACCCCUACCUCUUGAUCGAGAAUGUAAAAUGAAAUAUGGAGAGCAAGUGUCGACUGUUGACGCGGCUUUACCCAUUUUCUUGAACGAGAAGAACCAAAGACAACAGCACAGACCCAUCAUGCCGCCUCCUGCUCGAGACGGUCUGUUCGAAAAACACAAAGCAGGCGCUCCUUUCAAAAAGCUGUAUCCGACAACGAGUGCGCUCGUACAGGCACGUCAGUCUGCCACUGCAGAGUCCCACUUUGAAACAAGAAAGCAGUGUGUAACAUCCACCGGAGUCCUCCCUGUGUCGACCCAACGACAACCAUGAAGGAAGCGCUGAGGUCUUCGAUGGAG